AUGGUGUCCCGUAAGGUCAACGUCCUCGUGUAUAACGGCACGGGGACUACAGUCGAAUCCGUCAAGCACGCAAUCUACUCCCUGCGGCGACUGUUGUCGCCCAAUUAUGCAGUUAUCCCCGUUACAGAUACUGUUCUGCUCAAGGAGCCAUGGGCCCCUUCGUGCGCGCUUUUGGUCUUUCCCGGAGGUGCUGAUCUCGGGUACUGCCGUGUAUUGAACGGCCAGGGCAACUCCAUCAUCUCACAGUAUGUGCGCCGCGGCGGAAAAUAUCUCGGCUUCUGCGCCGGUGCUUAUUACGGCUCCAAGAAGUGCGAGUUCGAGGUCGGAAACAGGUCCAUGGAGGUCAUUGGGUCUAGGGAGUUGGCUUUCUUCCCGGGUACCUGCCGGGGUGGCGCCUUCAAAGGCUUCCAGUACAACAGCGAGAAGGGUGCUAAAGCAGUACAAAUCAACGUUAAGAAAGACUCGUUCAAAGGCGUCGGCUUAGUGCCCGAGGUCGUCACAUCAUAUUACAAUGGCGGUGGUGCCUUCGUUGAUGCACAAGACCCAAACAACGAUGUUGAGAUCUUGGCUAGCUAUGCUGGCACACUUGAUGUUGAUGGAGGUGCUGAAAACGCAGCGGUAGUAUAUUGUCGGGUCUCCCAAGGUGCUGCUAUUCUUACUGGCCCUCACCCCGAAUUUGCUUCUGUCAAUCUCAGCCCUCAUCAUGAUGUUGAUGGGUAUAACAAAUUGAUUGCGUCCCUCCAAGAGGGGGACGCCGAUCGAGUAAGCUUCUUAAAGGCUUGCCUAACGAAACUAGGCCUUGAAGUAAGCUCGGAAUCAUCAGGUGUGCCUUCCCUGUCCCGCCUUCAUUUAUCAUCUAUCAUCAGCAGCAACGUCGAUGAUUUGUUGUAUUCAUGGGAGGACAUAAUAAGUAAGGAGGAUGGAGAAGAAUACAUCAGAUCAGAACACGACACAUUUCAUCUGGAAAAGCCCGAUACUAGAUGGAACAUGAACGAACUUAAAGACACACUCCCGAAGAAUGAAAUUACGGGAGAGCUUACCACUCCAUCUAGAUCGACCGACGAAGCUUUAAUCGACUAUACAACAGUCAUAAAGCGCAUCGUCACCCAUGAACGAGCAUGGCCCGAUGUCAAAGAAACUCCCUACUUUAACCACCACGCAUACUUCUCAAGCUUAAGAGACUAUCGUCGGGAAGACACCGAUGCUGAGGAAUGGGGAGACUACAUGAUGUACGGCGAAGUCUUAACGAGCACGAACACAAUACUGGAAAAGAAUUUCAAGCUUCUUUCCAAGCUUCCCUCUGGAUUUACAGUUGCGGCGACUACUCAGGUAGCAGGACGGGGUCGUGGCACCAACGUCUGGGUCUCGCCUGCAGGGUGUCUGGUCAUGUCUACAGUGAUUAACCACCCAGGGCACCUAGCAGCGAGCCGGCCUGUCGUAUUUAUUCAAUAUCUAGCUGCCGUGGCAAUUGUUCAAGCCAUAAAGACGUACGGCAAGGGAUACGACGAACUACCCGUGAAACUGAAGUGGCCUAACGACAUCUACGCCCGAGACCCCAGCAACACAUCCGACCAACCAACAUAUGUCAAGAUCGGCGGUAUCUUAUCAAACUGUGUCUAUUCAUCAGGCUCGUAUCAGAUCGUGCUAGGAAUCGGUGUCAACACAACUAACGGGCGACCAACGACCUCCCUCGACGCCCUUUUACCGCCCCAUCUACCACCCUUCAGCAUCGAGAAGCUAAUUGCUCACAUCCUAACACGGCUCGAAACGCUGUAUAAGGCCUUCGUACGCAAAGGGUUCACAAGAGACAUGGAGUACGCAUAUUACGAACACUGGCUUCACGGCCGCCAGAUCGUCACGCUCGAGGCUGAGGGAGGCGCCAGAGCCCGUAUCGUCGGAAUUACUACCGACUGGGGCAUGCUCAGGGCUGAAGAGCUCGGCAGGGACGACAAGCCGACUGGGCGGAUGUGGGCUUUGCAGAGCGAUGAGAAUAGCUUUGAUUUCUUUAGAGGCUUGGUUAAGAGGAAAAUAUGA